AUGGGCAGCCGAGAUAUGAUGAGAUUGUGCGGGCUAGGUUACUACGUGAACGGUUUCAGGGGUUUCCCUUGGUUGGCCUUGAAUUACCACAUGGCUCGUAAUCUUAACCUGCAUCCAUCCACAUUGCAGCUUGUGCAGAGUUCGGCUAACUUGCCAAUGGUGGCAAAGCCUUUAUAUGGGAUAUUAUCUGAUGCUCUCUACAUUGGCGGUGCUCAUAGAAUACCUUACAUUUCUAUUGGUGUUCUCCUGCAGAUUGUCUCUUGGGUCUCACUAGCCUUAAUCCCGGUUGCAAGUGAAGCUUAUCGUCCUCUGAUGACAUGCGUUCUCUUAAGCAACCUUGGGGCAUCCUUAGCCGAAGUAGCCAAAGAUGCGCUCAUUGCAGAAUACGGCCAGAAGAACAAAACCCCAGGCCUCCAAUCUUACGCCUUCAUGGCCUCUGCCUUGGGUGGGGUCCUUGGCAACCUGCUCGGUGGCUUUUUGCUGCUCAAGACCCAACAGCCCAAAUCCAUGUUCCUAGCCUUUGCUGCCAUACUCGCCCUCCAACUCACGUUAUGUCUAAGAACUCGAGAGGAAUCACUCGGCCUACCCCAGCCCUCGGAUUAUGCGGUUUUUCAAGAAUCGAUUUCGGACAUCAUUAAGAAGCAAUAUUCCGAUUUAAUGGUGGCAGUUAGGGACAGUUCGGUGUGGCGUCCAUUGAUUUGGGCUGUCUCGUCCAUUAUAUUGGUCCCGAUGCUUUCGGGCUCGUUGUUUUGCUACCAGACUCAGAGCCUCCAUCUGGACCCGUCGAUUAUUGGGCUGUCAAAGGUGACGGGCCAGUUGAUGCUGCUCUCCUUGGCUGUGUUGUACAAUAGAUUCGGGAAAAAUGUACCUAUGAGAAAACUGGUUGGGAUCACGCAAAUCGUGUACGCGUUUUCGCUUCUUCUCGAUUUGGCGCUUGUCAAGCAGCUGAAUGUUGGGGCCGGGAUCCCGAACGAGAUUUACACCCUGUGCUUUUCUGGGCUGGCGGAGACUGUGGCCCAAUUCAAGCUCCUGCCAUUUCAUGUGCUUUUUGCUAGCCUGGCCCCACCAGGGUGUGAGGGGUCAUUGAUGUCGUUUUUGGCGUCAGCUUUGUGUUUGUCAUCGAUAAUCAGCGGGUUCUUCGGGGUCGUGUUGGCCUCAUCUCUCGGGAUAACAUCCGGUGAUUACUCGAGCCUGCCUUUAGGGAUCGUUGUACAAUUUUUUGCAGCUUUAUUGCCUUUAGGUUGGAUUGAUUAUGUGCCGAUGUCCCAGAUUUUUCCUGACAGGGGUAGAAAGAGAGUUAGGAGUAAAAAGUCGAGGAGGAAUAGGAGAGUGGGCCGGGUAGUGUUCGACUCAGUCUAUUCUUAUCGUCGGGUGAGGGAAUCUGAUUUGCAGAGGUGA